AUGUCAGUGGCAUCAAGCCAUGGCUCGACUUAUGCCGAGACCAUUGAAAGACAACAUCAUUUCACCAUCGACGAAGAAAUGUGGCAUCCCAAGAAGUUGUUGGGGACUGUAUUACCACUCGACCUGAGCAAUGAAUCUCAUCGACGAGAUUCGGCGUCAACCCACAACUACGACUUACACUCAGAUUCACAUUCACGCUCCAGUUCCACACUUGCAACUGACCCUUCAGAGAACGAAGCGGAGCUCGAUCUGAAGACACCCACUGUCGUCGCAAGGCUGGAUCCAUCGAGGACAACAGCCUCCCAGGAAGAUCUGGCUCACAACAACGCUGACCAUAGCAUACCAAGAGGACCGAUGGAGCAGCUCCUCCAGCCCCUUCUUCGAAAAGUCGCUGAAGCAGAACGUAAUCGUCCCACAAUCAUGGCCGAAGACUAUGUGAGACUCCAACGGCAGGUUGAAAAGCUAGAAGCCGAAAAACGCACCUGGGCCGAACGCUACGAGGCGUACUUUAUCGUCCGUGACCAGGACUUGACGAAUCUCUUAAAAGUGCGCGAACUGCUGGCCCAAGAGCGACGCGAGCACACAGCCAUCCGCGAACUCCGCGAAGAAGAUCUCGCCAAUGUUUUCAUGCUGCGAGAGAAGCUUGCACAGGCGAUAUGGUCCAAAUCAAGGCGGCUGACGGAUCAAACACAGUCCCAGUCCCAGUCCCAGCAUCAGCAUCCGUCGUCACAACCGACUCCAUUCGCCGCUGCCUCGGCGCGCCAGUCCCGCACGGAAGGGGACGAUCUGUGGCGUGCGGCGAAGGCUGCGGCGAUGGAGCACCGAAUCCUUGAGCUGGAAGCAGCCAAUGAAGCAUUGCGGGCUCAGAUGAAGAAUAAUGCUCAGACACAGACACAGACACAGACGACCUCAGCCUCGACCGGUGGGAUGGCAGAUGGCGGUAUUGGUACUGGUUCGGCGGCUGGCGCUGGUUCUGGUUCUGGUUCCGAUUCCAAUGCUGCGAUAUUGAUGAGGAGAGAGACCAUGUUCAAGGACAGUUUGAGGCACCGUAAAGAGACGGCUCUCUGGAUCCAGCUGCUCAGGUCCGAAAAGAAGGUGUGGCAAAAGAAAGUCGUUGCUUUGGAAGAUCGCAAUUUGCAGCUUUCUAAGAUGGUGGUAAGGGCGCAAAGGUGUCUUACAGAUGUAGCGAUGGGAUAUCUGGCCUCGAUCAUCACAGACAAACCCCCGAUGUAG